UCUGUAUCGUUCAAGAUUUCGUUCUUGCGAAAAAUUUGAUUCCACCGGAUCGUGUCAAUUUACAGACGCUCCCUCGAAUACAUUGCAACAUGAAAGUUAUCGUGAAGAAGCUUCAAGGAAAAGAAUGCGUUGUUGACAUUAUGCCCUCGGACACAGUGCUGCAAUUAAAGCACAAAGUCAGUGAUCUAUUGGGCAUAGAUGUUCCACAACAAAGACUGUUGCUUACAGGCAAAACGUUAGCUGAUGAAAAUCCAUUGAGUUUCUAUCCGGGGAUUAAGGACGGAAGCAAGUUAAAUCUCUUGGUAAUUAAGAAAGCCGAUGAAGGAUCUGGCGAAGGAAAGGCUUCGCAUAGCAAGUCUGGCACAAAUUUAUUAAGAGAUGAAGUAUCUAGAGUUUUGAGGCAUUAUUACACAGAGUCUGAGACAGAAUCAAUAGUCAAUGAGUUGAUAAAAGACCUGAAAAAUAAAGUGAAUAACCUUAGUUACGAUGAUUUAGAACGAUUAGCAACAGCACUGCUCCAGGACCAAGAGAAUAUAGCUUAAGAGUACCUUCGUUCUUUUCCAAUUUCUCUGCUUAUUGCUCGAUUAUUGUAAUACACUUUUAUUUAAUUAAAA